AUGAGCGUCGCCGACCAACAUCUCCACCUCAAAGAGAAGGGCGAGAAGCGCGAGUUCGCGCACAACUCGCCCGCUCCUUCGCGCGAAGGCUCCACCAAGCCCGGAUGGAACGGCGUCGCCUCCCUUCCUGAAGGUACACCUGUCAACGCGGAUGGCGUCCCUACCUACAUGGGCACAAGCGGCAACAAGCUUGGCGCACUCGUUACUCUUGCAGCGAGCAUGGCCUCCGCAACGUUCUCGCCGCUUCCCGCUUCGCCACGGCUAACCUCCCAUCUUUCCUCGUGCAGGUAUGACCAGGGUGUAAUGUCCGGUCUCAUUUCCGCACCUCAAUUCAUCUCGGUCUUCCCUGCUUGCGACGCCGCCGUUCAAGGCGCCUACAAAGCUUCUGUCCUUCAAGCGUUCUAUGUCGCCAUUUACGAAGUCGGCUGCCUAGGCGGCGCCAUCUUCGCCCUCAUGUUUGGAGACCGUCUUGGUCGUCGUCGCAUGAUGUAUAUCGGUGCAUUCGUCCUCUUGCUCGGCGUCUUGAUCCAAGUCACCGCUUUCCGCGGACACUGGGCCGGCGGACAGUUCGUCAUCGGCCGUAUCGUCACCGGACUCGGUACCGGCUUCGAAACCUCGACCAUCCCCACCUGGCAUGCUGAGUGCGCCAAAGCCCACUCCCGUGGCUUUGCCGUCUUUAUCGAGGCCGCCAUGAUCUCGACCGGGACGAUGAUUGCCUACUGGAUUGACUUCGGCUUCUCCUACCUGCCGGACUCGACGUCGUGGCGUGUUCCCAUCGCGCUCCAGGCCAUCUUCGCCGUCGCCCUCGUCGCCCUCAUCGCGUUCCUCCCCGAGUCGCCCCGUUGGCUCGUGUCAAAGGGACACUACGUCGAGGCGCAGCGCGUUAUCGCCGCUCUCGAGCCCGCCCACUUCACCGACGAGACCGUCCUCCUCCAGCUCAAGAUCAUUGGCGACUCGCUCGAGGGCCAGACGCGCCAGCGCAAGCGCGACCUUAUCACCAACGGCCCGACGCAGCACUUCCGCCGCGCCCUCCUCGGUUCCUCGUCGCAGUUCUUCCAGCAGGUCGGUGGCUGCAACGCCGUCAUCUACUUCUCGACCCCCAUCUUCGAGGAGUACCUCGGACUCGGCCGCAAGCUCUCCCUCAUCCUCGGCUCGGUUCUCGCGACCGUCUACGCCCUUUCGGCGUGCAUCUCGUUCCCGCUCGUCGACAAGGCCGGUCGUCGCAAGCUCUACUUCAUCGGAACCUGGGGACAGGCAUUGUCGAUGUUCCUCAUCAUGGCGUGCCUCAUCCCCGACAAGAGCACCGGCGCCUCGAAGGGAGCUGUCGUCGGCAUCUUCCUUUACCUGACCUUCUUCGGCUUCACUUGGCUUGAGCUCCCCUGGUUGUACCCAGCGGAAAUCAACCCGUUGAAGACCCGCACCGUCGCCAACGCCGUUUCGACCAUCAACAACUGGCUCUGGAACUUUACCGUCGUCAUGUUCACGCCUCCCUUCCUCGCCUCCACCGCCGUCGGCACUUUCGCCUUCUUCGGCGCAAUCAACCUCUGCUUCUUGCCUAUCAUCUGGUACUUCUACCCGGAGACCGCCGGUCGCAGUCUCGAGGAGAUUGACCUCGUCUUCGCCAAGGGCUACGUCGAGGGUGUCUCCUACGUCAAGAUGGCGAACGACAUGCCCAAGAUGGGUCCCAAAGAGGUUCAAGCCGAGUGGGCUCGUCUCGGCCUCGACCCGGAGGACGAGUUGCCUACCCGUCCGUCGGACGCCGAGCGUGCCAUCGGCGGCGAGUCCAUCGGCGGUACGACAGCUGCCAACGCGCAGGUCUAA